AGCUACACAUAAUUAAUGUUAAAUAAACUGUUUCUCCAGUUCAAUGCACAACUUUUAUUAGUAAACCUAGAAACUUUGGUGUGGUUUAUUUAUGUUGUGAAGCCUGCGAUCUGUUAAGAGCCAAUCAGACUCCUGGCACCUGUUUAUUUCAAUACUAUACCUAAACCAGGUUUUAAAACCAGGUCUGUGUCCCCGACUAGAGCAAGUUUUAAACCAUCUGCAAAACUAUCCUUAUACAUAAACAUAAAACUGAACGUCUUUGUCUCAAAGUCUUGCAAUGUUGAAGAGUUGGCAGUCUGUGAAUGUUUUACCCAUACUGCUUUAGUCAGUUGGUUCUGGGCCUCCCAGAACUCCCAUGUUAAAUAAAUAAAAUGAUCCAGUAACAGGAUGAUAACAUACUUCAGCCAUUAAAGGGACAUUUAAAACAGCAUAAGGGAUUCUGUGGUUGCAGUGGAUAUGAAAAAAAAAAAAAAAAAUCCCAAUAAUUGCCACAACCCUACAGUCAAUCUUUGGGACAUAAAAACAAUACUGAAUUUCACAUGAUCCAGAUGGAGGUUAGAGUUUUUAAACACAUGCUAAUUCUGUUUGUCUUUUUGCUGAAUUUGUGCAGUUGUCAAUUUGAUUAGAAGUACCUGACAUCAAGAUAUUGAAUGUAAAUACAAAAUACACAAUUUAAUUGUAACAGGUAACUGCCGUGUUACUUUUGCUGCUUACAAUCAGAGAUAGGUCUGCAGAUACAUCUUCAGAACUACACCCCCCAGGGUUCCUGUUGGUUGACUUGACGACAUCAUAGUGGGCGGUAUACUGACAGGAUUGGACUACAAAAAAAAAAAAAAAAAAAACAACAAACUGUGCUCUUAAGUGAACGGCCAGGUUAAAAUACUUAUAUGAAUAAUAUGUUUUUUUGUUUUGUUUUGUUUUUUAAACAAACACCUGGUUAAUUUCGUAUCUGCAAUUCCCAUAACCGUAAAGACACGGAAUGCCGUUGAUUGCAGUUUUUCUGCCUGGUAACUCGUCUCGGUAGACUUCUGUGGAGGUGUCAUAUGCUGUAAUUUGCAGCUACAUGUGUAAUUUCUUUUAAGCAAUGGCCAGUAUUUCAGAGCCAGAAAAGAGCCCAUUGUUCAGGCAGGAGAAGAAUGGAGGGGUCACAUACAGAAUACCAUCCCUGCUCUACCUCAGCACCUCAAACACCUUCCUUGCUUUGUGUGAGAAGCGCUCCACUCCUUCAGACUCAGAUGCUGAGUGCCUGGUCAUGAGGAGAGGCACUUUCCAAGAUGGGUCUGUUCAAUGGGAAUCCAUGCAGGAGCUGCUAACAGCACGCCUAUGUGGAUUUCGCACUAUGAACCCCUGCCCAGUCUACGAGAAGAAAUCCAGUGUCAUAUUCCUUUUCUUCAUCUGUGUACGGGGAAAAAUAUCAGAGCAGCGCCAGAUAAGAACAGGAAGAAAUGAAGCCAGGCUUUGUUACAUCCGCAGCACAGACUUUGGAGAGAGCUGGGGUGACAUCAAUGAUUUAACAAGAGAUGUGAUUGGCGCUGAGGUGGAAAAUUGGGCGACCUUUGCAGUGGGACCAGGCCAUGGCGUUCAAUUACAAUGUGGGAGGUUGAUUAUACCAGCCUAUGUCUAUUAUAUCAGGUGCAGGUGUUGGUGUCUGCGCUUCCCCUGCUGCGUCAAGCCUCAUGCUUUCUCGUUCAACAGUGACGACUGCGGUCAAACAUGGCACGUGGGCAAAAUCAUUCAAGGGUUAAAAACAGGAGAGGGAGAGUGCGAAAUGGCAGAACUUGUGGACCAAGAUGGCAAGAGCCACCUGUACUGCAAUGCCCGCUCAUCAUCCGGGCACAGGGUAGAAGCCUUGAGCGAGAAAAAAGGUACAGAAUUCAGCAAGCCCCAUCUGGCUCCAAAGCUAGUGGAACCGCACAGUGGUUGCCAAGGAAGUGUUGUCAGCUUCCCCAAGCCAGUGAAUGAAACAGAUGGAAGUAGUGAGAAUACCCAUUUACAGGCCAAUACAGCCAGCAACACUUGGCUCCUGUAUUCUCACCCAACCAGCAGGUGGAAGAGGGCAGAUUUGGGGAUCUACCUGAACCAGUCCCCCUUGGACACGUCCUGCUGGCAGAGUCCUUGGGUUGUCAGUCGUGGACCAAGCGGUUACUCUGAUCUGGCUCACUGUGAAGGAACAAAGUGGUUUGGCUGCCUGUUGGAGUGUGGCAUCAAGAGCGAGCUGGAAGAGAUUGCAUUUGUGUGUUUCACUCUUGAAGAAGUGAUGGAAAAAGGCACAGGGAAAUAAUGCCUUAGCUGGCAUUUGAAUAAUGAUUCAUUCUGGGUGUGGGAUACAGUCUUGGUAAGAAAAGUUUAGAAUUUUUUUUAACUGCAGGAAUUAUUUUUUUUUUUUUUUGUAUAGUCAUGGAAUUCUUACCUAAUGUAGACCAAUAAAGGGUUUCUUUUUUUUUUUAAGUGCCUGAAGUUGGUCACUGCAUCAUCACCUCAUAAGUGGUGUUGCAAUAUUACACAUUCAUAUUUUACUUUAGAUUCUGCCAUAACUGCACAUCCAGGCUACUGAUCAAAUAUUUGUGGCAUCUACUGUAUAGUCUGUUUAUAAUUUAUAAAGUUCAUUUGCCUGGCUAAUAUAUACAAACAUGGCUACAUUUUCAGAAAUUAAUCAGUUUUUUCCCCUGGCCCUGUGCUACCCCUGUUGGACUGUACCUAAAACAAUACACUGAAAGGCUGGAAUAAGCAACUGUACUCACUAAAAAUCUACAUCCUCCACUGCAGCUAAUGCAUAUAUAUGUUGAUAUUCAAUUAUUUACUGUAACAUAUUUAAUUGAACGACAUAUUGCUUUGAUUAUUUGAUUCGUGGAAAGUAAGAAAUAUUUCUUAAUGAAGCGCAUGUUGCGUCUGUCAGCGGGAUGUUCUUGUGAGGAGAUGCUGUUCUGUUAUUUUUUUUUUUAUAAUAGUUUUGUUGCAACAAUUUAUCGCAUUAUGUAUAG